GUAACAUCGUAACAUCAAACAAGCAACCCAGCUAGCCUUGAUUGAUUGAUCGAAAGCUUGAUCGAUGAUAUGUUGAGUAACAGUCUCCUUCAAUUAAAUCCCAGACUCCAGAGUCAUCGAUAUCUUUGCUGGUUCAAUUUCCCGUAAGUUGCAUUACUUUCCACCGGAAUUCAACUUGCAUCUCACAGGCCCUAUAUUAUUUUCGACGGUGGAAGUGACAGACAGCGUUUGCAGUCAUUUCAAUCCUCGACAUCUCGUAUUAUGGUGCAUGGCACCUAGAUCCUAUUAUUAUCUCUACUAACUGCAGGUUUGCACUAGUCAGGCUUAAAAUAACUGGGGUAGUUUCAGUUCACUAAAUUAAUACUAAUGCCCAUCGAAUUUUAUCACACUUAAGUAAUGCUCGCCGUCGCUCUAUUCAGGACUUGCGGACACGUACUACAAGGUGCAUACUGAGUACCGAUAUUAUCCUGAUAUGUCUUCCCUACUAUCGGUCUCAGACAUAACGAAGUUGCAGACGGUCAAGUACGCCAAUUUGGGUAGUCUUGCAAUCCUCGUGUUUGAUUAUUGCAUCACUUUUUCCGAAGAGGUGCAAUGGACCUGGUCCAAACCAUGGGAUUUAACUCGUGUCACAUUCAUCAUCUCCCGAUAUUUGCCUUUCGCGGGUGUUGGAAUGACUGCAUAUGCCCUAUGGUAGACAAAACUUGCGAGUAUUUACUGUAAUAUACUAUUUGUAUGCGGUUUUGGUGGUGUACAAUCAUUGGACCAGGUGAAACACGAGGUCGGGUAAGGCCAGCUAAAGGCGAUAUAUGGGGGGAAGGAUUGUUCAGUCUUCUUCGUCUUCUUCGUC